AUCCCUACAGCGAACAGCCGCCUCACGGCCUUAUGCAUGCGCAACUAACACUACAGCAACAUUCGCUAGCCCGCCCGCCCCCGAUUUUAUAGCGACGCGCGACGCAAUGGCUGCCGCGUCCCCCACGCCCAUGGGCUCGUACGGCCGCAUGCGCGUGCAGACCAGCCGCGCACGCAGAGACUCGCCCAUGUCGGUGCUGGGCGAGUCGCAGGGCUUCUCGGCCAACGCCCCGAUGAUGCAGAACAUCGACAUUGGCGACAGCUCCGACGACGACAUCCCGCAGCCCAUGAAGCUAAGCGCCCUGACGACCGCGCUGCUGGCCCAGAGCAGCGACGUCCCGUCGCCGGAGAAGCGGAAGCCCAAGCUGAAGAUCUCGCGCGGCUCCGCGUCGAAUACCCCGGAGCGCGUGCAGCACGAUAUCACGCCCGCGCCCAGCCUGCGCAUCAAGCGCGUGCCGCUGCGAGGUGCGCCCAUGCGCCGCUUUCGCCGCACGCCCCAGAGCGAGGAGGACCACCCGCCGUCGCAGGACCAGGAGAAUCUUGCGUCGGCGGUGCGGGUGAAGGAGGAGCAUCCGAAUGUGCCCGAUUCGGUCUUGAAGAUGACCGACUCAGUGAUGAAGGUUAGAGAUGAGCGCGAGGCGCCCCAAUCGCCGCUGCAGAGACGCCAAUCCCCGCUGCAGAAACACCAAUCGCCGCCCCCGCCACAGGAAAAAGCUGCUGCGCUGCAGUCCCGAGACGCCAACACGCCGCGGAGACCCGCGCCGCCGCCGCCGCCCAAGAUGUCUGUCCUGGAGGCUGCCACCGUCGCUGCCGGCGCCGCAACCACCACCAAGCAGCGCGAGCGCAAGAAGCGGAGCACGCUGUCGGUCAACGGGAAGCACUACUCGCAGAUGGACCGCAUUGGGAGGGGCGGUAGCUCGGCCGUGUACCGCGUCAUGGCCGAGAACUUCAAGCUGCUCGCCCUGAAGCGCGUGAAGCUGGAAGACGCCGACGAGGCCGCCGUGCGCGGCUACAAGGGCGAGAUCGACCUCCUGCAGAAACUGCAGAACGUCGACCGCGUCGUGCGCCUGUACGACUGGGAGGUCGACGAGCAGCGGCAGAUCCUGAGCGUGCUCAUGGAAAUCGGCGAAUCCGACCUGGCCCGCAUCAUCCGCAUGAAACUCGACCCCACCGACUCCUCCACCCCCGCGCCCCUCGACCUGGCGUUCACCCGCUUCUACUGGAAAGAAAUGCUGUCCUGCGUCGCCGCCGUACACGCCCACGACAUCGUGCACUCGGACCUGAAACCCGCCAACUUCCUCCUCGUCUCCGGCCGCCUCAAGCUCAUCGACUUCGGCAUCGCCAACGCCAUCGAAGACCACACCGUCAACGUCCACCGCGACGCCCAUAUCGGCACGCCCAACUACAUGUCCCCGGAGUCGCUGGAGGACAGCGCGGGCGGCGCGGCCGGGCAGCUGAGCAACGGCACCGGCGCCAAGGAUCUCGCGCUCGGGAAACCGAGCGAUGUGUGGAGCCUCGGGUGUAUUCUGUACCAGAUGGUCUACGGACGCCCGCCGUUCGCACACAUCCCCAACCAAAUGGCCCGGGUCCUCGCGAUCGUGAACCGCAACCACCAUAUCUCUUUCCCGGACUUCGCAGGCGAUAUCCGUGUCCCGCCCUCCCUCAAAGCCACACUUAAACGUUGUCUCGAUAGAGACCCCACCCGCCGCCCCACCGUCGCCCAGCUGCUCGACCCGCGCGACCCCUUCGCAAACCCAGACGACGCAGAGGAUCUGCGCAUCCCGCAGGAGUUGCUCGGCCAGAUUAUUCAAAGAGUCGCGGACAGGUUUCGGGAUAAGGGGAAGCCGGAGCCCACCGAGGAGGAGAUUCGGGCGUAUUCGGGGAGUUUUUAUGAGAAGAUUCGGGGGUUGAUGGAGGGGGGGUAG